UUAUAACGUCACGUGCGUAUUACCUCCCUCAUUGGGUAGGGAAAUGUGUGGGCGGUGUACAGCGCUGUUUGAAUUCGUGCCUGAAAGAAGACUUCCAAACUACGAUAUAAAAUACUGUCUAGUGCUGUUGAUCUGAUAUUGUAUGGUCAUGCGGCACAAUAAAUCGGCACACAAGCGAAAGCCAUCGACCCCCAGACGCAGAUCUCCCCCUGCACCACCGUUAACAGCCAGAACCCGCCGCACCAGCGGACCCUCCGAAGCAUCCCCACGGAAGAAACACAGGUUUCGCCCUGGCACACGAGCGCUCAUGGAGAUACGCAAAUAUCAGAAGUCUACUGAUCUGUUGCUGCGCAAGGCCCCAUUUUCACGACUGGUGCGAGAGGUGUGUCAGACAUUUAGUCGAGAGCACAUGAUGUGGCAGGGAUAUGCUCUAAUGGCUUUACAGGAGGCUGCAGAAGCGUUCAUGGUCCGUCUGUUUUCCGAUGCCAACCUCUGUGCUAUUCAUGCCAAGAGGGUGACGUUGUUUCCACGUGACAUACAGCUUGCCCGGCGAAUCAGAGGUGUUGAACAUAUGUAAAGUUGAAUGUUGUUUUUUUUUUUUUGUUUUUUUUUUGGAUUUGAUGAAUUUCCUUUUCAGACUUGGAAAAGUAAGGACACUUUCUAUAUUUCCUGGCAUGUAAUCUUUUAUUUCAGACCUCAAAUCAGAUGUUAAAACAGUUGCAUAUAUGCAGCCAAAGAAACCUAAUGUUUGUAUCAACUGGAAGUCUAUUGGUGACAAAUGAACUCAUUUUUAAACUUUUUUUUUUUUUUUUUUAGAAUUGUGAUAUAAACAUUUUAUUCUGUGUUGUAAAGUUACAAAGAUUGUGUUCUUUUUCUGAAGAUGUUUAUAGUUAAUAAAUAGAUGUUUUGUAGUA